AUGGAGGAAAGGAAACCACUUGUGGUGAAGACGAACGAGGAUAUUCAAACCAAACUGGAUAAAAAGCUCGGUCCCGAGUAUAUAUCGAAGAGAGUGGGCUUUGGAAGCAGCCGAGUGGCUUACAUUGAAGGUUGGAGAGCGAUAAACCUUGCAAAUCAGAUUUUCGGUUACAAUGGUUGGUCUACGGAGGUGAAGAGUGUGAUUGUCGACUUUUUGGACGAAAGGCAGGGCAAAUUUAGUAUAGGUUGUACUGCAAUUGUACGUGUAUCACUCGAGAAUGGUACUUUCAGAGAGGAUAUUGGUUAUGGGACUGUAGAGAACGAACGUAGGAAAGCAGCUGCUUUUGAGAGGGCCAAGAAGUCGGCUGUCACGGAUGCUUUGAAGAGAUCUUUAAGAGGAUUUGGGAAUGCAUUGGGUAACUGUCUCUACGAUAAGGACUUUCUAUCGAAAAUUGAUAAAGUGAAGUUUGAUCCACCUGAUUUCGAUGAGGGAAGUUUGUUUCGGCCCUCUGAUGAGAUCAGUGAAAGCUCUAGAUCAAACACUCUCGAUCACUCAGAGGCCGGCAACAUGAGCAAACGCAGACGACUCACCAAAACUGGGACUGCCGGCCUCGAUCGGGUGUCUGAAUCGGCCACUAAUGGUCAACAACAACCACCAAUGCAACGGCCUGUUGAACUAAAAAGACAACAGCCGCCUUCGAACAACGUUGAAAGGUCUGAAGAGCAAUCAGCAGAGGUAGGGGCUGAGCAAGACGAGCUUUUGGAUGAUUCCUUAAUGUUCAGUGAUGAUUUUCAGGAUGACGAUCUUAUAAACAUGGGCAGGAAAGAAGAACCGGCUCCAGUACCGCGUCCAUCGGAAGAGACAAGCAACGAAAGUGUCACGUUUGUUACUGCCAAAGCUGCCCCAACGGUACAAAACAAGAGACCCGUUACACAAGAGAAUAUGUUUGACCCCAAGUACCAGGCCCAAUCCAUAAGACAUACGGUUGAUCAGACCACUUCGAAACCUGUCCCGGCUAGUCUUUUGAAGGAGAAGGGGAUCGACGAUUCAAGAGAAUCAAGUUACGAAAAGUUUGCUGCCAAAGGCAAACAAAUUGGAGCCGAAGGUUCUGUAUCACAACCAAGCGCCAUCGAACCCAAUUCUCAGCCCACAUCAACUACUUCCUCACGAUACGCUCCUCCAAAUACAGUAAUUCAUCCCAAUUCAGGCUCAGUAUUGCCUCAACCUCCGAAACCCACGAGAAGAGAAGUUGGCAGGCCAAAAGUCAAUCCACCACAUUUAAGAAAGGCAAGCCCAUAA